AUGUCCACAACUCAACGCAGUGAGAGUAUGAACGCGUUCUUUGAUGGCUAUGUGCAUUCAAAGACUUCGUUAAAGCAGUGUGUCGAACAAUAUGAACGGGCUUUGAAGAAUAAAGUUGAGAAGGAGAUUCAAGCUAAUUUCAAGUCCUUCUCACAAAUGGUGCCAUGUGCGACAAGGUAUAAAAUGGAGAAGCAAUUUCAAGCUGUAUACACCAUUGCAAAGUUUAGAGAAGUUCAAGAAGAGUUCACCGGGAAGCUUUAUUGUGACUUGAUCUCGACUUCGGAGGGAAGUUCGGGGACAACAUAUGAGGUAUGCGAGGAACAAAUAAACGAUGAGCAAUCGCACAGAAAAAUGUUCUCCGUCUCUUUUCAGCGAGAAGAUUGCCAAAUUGUUUACAGUUGCCACCUAUUCGAAUUUCGAGGAAUAAUAUGCAGGCACAUGAUUGCAGUAUUGAUUCGUAAUGGCAUCAAACACGUACCGGAUAGGUAUGUACUACGGAGAUGGCGGCGAGAUGUAAGUAGAUCCCACACAAGGGUCGCAGUUCAUUACGAUGGGUUGACUAGUACCCCGGGGCAGUUAAUGUAUGACAAACUGUGUCAGUCUUUUGCUAAGUUGGCGGACUUGGUCGUAGAUGAUGAAAGCAGAGCUGCAAGUAUACAAAAAUGGAUCGAACAUGAAUGUGAAAUGGUAACGACAACGAAGUCGAAUGUUGUUAGUAAUCUCAUGUCUCCACAUAGUACACCACUAGCAUCGCAAUGUGGGCCAUCAUAA